GCCACCUCUUUCCUCUCUGUCUGUCUGUCUCCUUGCUCUCCCUUCCUAAAGCAGCCCACCAGCAAACCAACAUGGCUCCAAAGAAGCCUGAACCUAAGAAGGCCGAACCUAAGAAGGAAGAACCCAAACCAGCACCUAAACCAGCAGAACCAGAACCCAAAAAAGAAGUUGAAUUUAACCCAGCUUCUAUCAAAGUUGAAUUCACCCCUGAUCAGAUUGAAGAAUUUAAGGAAGCGUUCUCACUCUUCGACCGGACUCCUAAGUCUGAGAUGAAAAUCACAUACGCGCAAUGCGGAGACGUUUUGAGAGCUUUGGGGCAGAAUCCAACCCAGGCUGAGGUCAUGAAAGUGCUUGGCAGACCCAAACCAGAAGACAUGAACUCCAAGAUGAUCGACUUUGAGACCUUCCUGCCCAUGCUUCAGCAUAUUGCCAAGACGAAAGACACAGGCACCUACGAGGACUUCGUGGAGGGUCUGCGUGUGUUCGACAAGGAGGGAAAUGGAACGGUGAUGGGGGCUGAACUCCGCCACGUUUUGGCUACACUGGGUGAGAGGUUGACUGAAGAGGAGGUUGAUAAGCUAAUGGCUGGUCAGGAGGAUGCCAAUGGCUGUAUCAACUAUGAAGCUUUUGUGAAACAUAUCAUGGCUAACUGAAUGUCAGGACAAGAUAGGCGCCGCGAACCCCAGAUGCUGGCCUUGGAUUUCGAUGUAACGGAAUGUCUUCUCAUUUUUCAGUCCAGAUUCCCA